ACGAAGCAGGCUGUAGUGUUAAGUGCUGCGCAACUCAGGCGACAAAGCAGAUCUAUAGCAGAGAGGUAGACAAACAGAUAAAUGGAAUGUUAACAAUGGGAUAUACCUGGGUUUCGUUGUUUACCUUGAUGCUGUUAUGGUUUGAAAAAGGCUGGACGGAGCCUGUGAUUACACCAAAUCUGUCCUAUAUGGUGCUUUUGAAAGGUGGAUCUUUCACGCUGCAAUGCCGUGAUAAUUCCAGUGUGAAGUGGUCUCUGGAAAGAGAUGUUGGAUAUAAGAAAGAUCUCAAAUCUGAAAACAAAGAUGGUAGUUAUUAUUUAACUAUUUCCUAUGCAAAGCCCGAUGUGAUGGGUCGGUAUGUUUGUAUAAAUGAACAAACAUUGGCACAGAGCUCAGUCUACAUUUUUGUAAAAGACCCCCCAAAUCUUUUUCAAAAGACCAUAAUGGUGGAUGUCAUAAGCAGAGUGGGGGAUGAUCCUAUCAUUCCCUGCCUUGUGACUGACCCAGACACAAAGGGUUUGAAGCUGGAGAAAUGCAGUGGGGAGCCAGUUCCCAAGGAGAUGAACACCACUGCCAGCAUUGAAAAGGGGAUCACCAUUAAUAGCGUACAAAAGAUAUUUGAAGGCUGCUAUGUCUGUACUGCAAAGUACAAUGGAAAAGAUGUCAAGUCGGAUGAAUAUAACUUAAUAGUACGCCUUGCUUCUUCGCACGCACCGGACAUUAAAUUGGAUAAAAACAAAAAAGUGAUUCUGAUAAAAGGCGAGACAUUUGAAGUGAAAUGCAGUACUGUCAAUGUGGAUCAUGCUUUCACUCUGGGGUGGAUUUGUCCAGAAGCUGUGGAUUGCACUGUGAAGCGGGAAACCAGAAAGCAGAUUGAUAAUUAUUCAAAAGAUUCACAGCUACUGAUCCAUUCGGUUAAAGUCACGGAUUCAGGAAUUUAUCAGUGUGCAGCAGAAAAUAAAAAAGGAAAAACUAUGACUUCAGUUGAACUACAGAUUCUAGAGAGGGGAUUCAUUAACAUUUCAGCAUCAGAAAACACCACCAUUAAUGUUAAAGCUGGGGAAAGUUUAACUUUAACAGUAGAAUUUGAGGCAUACCCUCGUCCUGAGAAUCUUUACUGGAUGUAUGAGGGUGAAGAGCUGCAAAACGCCUCUGACCAUAUUAUUGCCACAGAAGAAGACAGCUACAGGUACCACAGCAGACUGAAGCUUGUGCGUCUCAGAGGAUCAGAGGGAGGCAAUUACACAUUUUUCACAUCAAACUCAUACGCUGCUGUGAACCAGACCUUCGAUGUUCAUGUUCUAAGUAAACCAGAGAUUAUAUCUCAGGAAGGACCGAUCAAUGGCCAGGUUCGCUGUGUUGCAGCUGGGUAUAUGGCUCCUGAAAUCUCUUGGUACUCUUGUAAACAGCCUCAUGUGCGGUGCUCAGACCUGCCUGGUGCCACAAAGGAGACUAUAGAAGUCAGUACCAUCACUUUACCGAGCUCAGAAUUUGGGAAGACAGAAAUUGCGAGCACUCUGAACAUUUCCAAACUGGAUUUUCAUACCGUGGAAUGUGUGGCUCAGAUUGGCAAUGAGCAGGUUUACAACUUGUUCUCUGUCAAUGAGAGGAUCGUGCAGCAUGAACUCUUUACUCCGCUACUGACUGGGUUUGCUGCCGCAGCUGGAGGGCUCUGCUUCAUUCUCUUCAUUCUGUUCUACAAGUACUUGCAGAAGCCAAAAUAUCAGAUUCAAUGGAAGGUUAUUGAAGGAAUAAAUGGCAACAAUUAUGUAUAUAUUGAUCCAUCACAGCUACCAUAUGAUCAAAAAUGGGAGUUCCCCCGAGAUAAACUCAGAUUUGGUAAAACACUGGGCUCUGGAGCAUUUGGAAAAGUGGUGGAGGCCACAGCAUAUGGAAUGUCAAAAGCAGACACAAUAAUGACUGUAGCUGUCAAAAUGCUGAAACCAAGAGCUCAUGCUACUGAGAAAGAGGCACUGAUGUCUGAACUCAAGGUCUUGAGCUACCUAGGGCAUCACAUGAAUAUUGUCAACCUGUUAGGAGCUUGCACAGUGGGAGGUCCGACGUUGGUCAUAACGGAGUAUUGCUGUUUUGGUGACCUCCUGAACUUUCUCAGAAGGAAAAGAGACAUGUUCUUUUGCUCCAGACUGGGAGAUGACUCACAUUAUAAGAAUAUUCAGAACAAAAGAGGAACUGAAAAUGAGGAAAGCAAAAAUGGGUAUAUGACAAUGAGACCGUCCACAGCUGUCCCCAGCUUACACAGUGCCCCAUCAGAGAAGAGGAGAUUAAAGAGAAAAGGGUCAUAUGGUGAUAAAGAUGUCAGCAAUGAUGUUUUACAAGAAGAUACAAGGUCACUUGAUACAGAAGAUCUCUUAAGCUUUUCUUAUCAAGUUGCAAAAGGAAUGAACUUCCUUGCUUCAAAAAAUUGCAUUCACAGAGACCUGGCUGCAAGGAAUGUUCUGCUUACAGAAGGGCGGGUGGCUAAGAUUUGUGAUUUUGGUCUUGCCAGGGACAUAAAAAAUGAUUCCAACUAUGUUGUAAAGGGCAACGCUCGGCUUCCUGUGAAGUGGAUGGCACCAGAAAGCAUUUUUGAAUGUGUAUAUACCUUUGAGAGUGAUGUCUGGUCUUAUGGCAUAUUGUUGUGGGAAAUAUUCUCAUUAGGUAGCAGCCCUUACCCCGGAAUGCCUGUGGAUUCCAAGUUCUACAAGAUGAUCAAGGAGGGUUACCGGAUGAUAGGACCUGAAUUUGCACCCAAUGAAAUGUAUGAAAUAAUGAAGGCUUGCUGGGAUACAGACCCUCUUCAAAGACCAUCAUUUGCAAAGAUUGUUGAGAUGAUUGAACUUCAGCUGUCAGACAGCACUAAACAUAUUUACUUAAACUUCUCCAGUAAGUUUUCAAACAUAGAGGAGCUGCACUCCCAUUUCUGGCGGCUCAAUUCCGUUGGCAGCAGCACCGCCUCCACGCAGCCUCUCCUGGUGGGAGAAGAUGUGGUCUUUGAGGAUGAGCAGAGACACCAGAGAGUCUGAUCCUUCUGUUGGCUGGCCUGAGCGCUAAAGGUCUACUAAACGUUUCAGAAGAGUAUUUCAGAUGUGCCUAAGAGAAACUGAAGGAAGCUUCUAAAGAGACAGCAAGGGGUAUAAACUGUGUAAUGCAGGUAGUGCUUUUAGCUGUCAGAAUGUGGCUGUUGCCUUUGCUUAUAUAUGCGAUUCAGUCUCUUUGUUGUUCCUGUGUCACUCAAAGAUAGUCACAAACGUUUUUCUUAAAAUAUUUAUAAUGGUUCAGAUAAGCUCUCUAUUAAACUUUCCAUGUUUAAAUGAAGCUAGAAAAAAGUUUAAACAAUUAUAUUGUUGCAUAAAAUUAUUGCCUGAUGCACCUUUAUUUAAACCACUGCUUCUAAGCCAAUAGGUAGAUUUAGUGUCCGUUAGACUAAAAUGAAGAUUUAAUUUCAGAACUAACAGUAUUCAAGUGAAUUGCAGAUGUGUGCCUAUCCACCAAUGCUGUAUGACAUGUAAUAACUAUGUUGUUUAACAAAAUUGGCCAUGUCUUUCUCUGUUGGUCAGAGUUUUAUUUGGAACAUUAUGAAGAUCUUUGGAGUAAUUAGCUAGACAGUAAUCUGAGGAUAGUGACAAAUAUGCAUUGAAGCUGAAUACAUGAGUUUGUUGUACUGUGUUCUCAUGAAAUGAUGAAAUAUGUCAAAUAGGAAGCACAACACAUUUUUUCAAAAGCAAUGUUGUUCAAAACUGGGAUUUUCAUCGAUUUCUAGUUCAUGUGGCUCGGUAAUGGCACAGUUCAGACAGCUGUCAGAACACUGUGCCCUGUCACACUCCAAGAGCUCCACAAAGCCUGACAGAAGAGCUGGAGCUGCCUGAAGGAGUGGUCCAUCUCUGUCAUCACCGUAAACCUUCCGGCACUUGUCAGGUCCCAGGAGUCGAUGUUUCACUGAAAUCUGAGGAAACUCAGGGCAGCCACCACUUGGCCUAUCCUGGCGCACUCUGCACGUGGGGAAUUCCAGUCGACUGUCAACAUGCCCAGACUGGACCUGGCUACAUCUGAGCUGUAGAGCUCGAAGCUGUGCUCUGGGUGCCGUUCCUACUUGAGCUACCAGGGAGGCUGAAAGGGUCUUCUACUGGAAUACUCCACACUCAGGAAACUUACAUUGGCUUGUUCUUAUUAGGUUAACAAGUAGUAACAAGCGAGAUCCAGAAGGCAGGCUGAUGUGUCUGAUUGGGAAAGAAAUCUUAUUAAUGAACCACUGAGUCAAAGUGAAAUGAAACUUGUAACUAAGGAUUUCAGGAAUAGAAAGCCUCUCAUACAAGUGCUUUUGUCUGUAUGACAGAUGUUUCCACCCUGGCACUGGCAGUGUGGAUGGUGGUGAUCCAAACGGCCUGAUGUGUCCAGCUUGCAUAUCAUGAUCACAUGGCACUGCAGAGCAGCAGAUUUGCAUCUUUCAUCAACAAUGAUGAGCACCCCAACAUAAAAAAUUAUAUUGUAGGGUCUCAAACCAAACAUGGAGCCUGCGAUAUAGGAGAAAUUUGGGCGAGGAUGCGUAUUGUAUGUAGUUGAUAUAAGAAUAUUGUUAACAUAAGCAGCUGUUUUCUAUUAAUUGGUCUAUGAAGAUACAAGCAAACAGGCAUUUUGAAUAGUAAAUCUAACAGACAUUUUAUUACAUGAGCAAUUUCAUUUCUUUACAAGGUUAAUUUGCUGUUGUGGUGGAGGGUACAGUAUAAAAAUGCAGAGUCACUUAUAACCCUCUUUGCACAUCUUGGUUGUAGUUAUUUCAUUGAGUGGUAUAUUUAUUUACUUUAUGCUGAUACACUGACUUUUACCAUAAACUUCCUGUUCUGAAAGGUGCGCUACUAUACUGUACAUCUUUAAAAUUCAAAUCUCAAUUCAUAAAUCAAACCUGUAUUGGUUUUUAAUAUUUUAUAUUAUUUUCAUUUUGCAAAAUCUCUUUUUAUGUGUACCUUAUACCACAGGUUUAUUCUGUAAGGAUGUCAGCAUAACUAUCAAAAUGAUUGUUAUUUUUAAGACAUUAAAGUGAAGAUAUUCCACUGGAUAUAACUAAAGAUACAGAAAUAUUUACUAUAAUUUUCAACACUGUAGCAUAGCAAAAUCCAAGUGUUAAAUAUAAAUCUUAUAAACUGUCAUAUUUAAAGUAAAACAGCCCUGUUGAGUCAGUGAUCAGUAAAUGGCACUGGUCUCAAACAUUUUCCUCCUGUUGGAAUCCUGACAGGAUUGAGUUAUACACAGCAAGUCCCUUGUGCUUUGUUUCCAGUUUCCUUACAAGGAUGUUUCACUUCCACGUGUUGUCAUUAUGUGUUACUCAUCACAGCCCUGAACAAGUACAAGCUUUUACUUCCUUAAUCCUACAAAAUGGCUUUGUGUAGAUGUUUUGCACACAUCAAAAUCCUUUAUACCAUUGCUGCAUUUUAGAAACUUUCAAUUUGUGCUGAAAGAUGUUGCUGUAUAUGCAUCUUCAAGUAAUAUGAGUGUUUCUACACAUUUUUAGUUACAUCUUUUUGAAGUGCAUAUCGGUACUUGUAAGAAACUUGAAAGCAGAUGCAUAUUAUCAUACAGUAGUCAUUAAUUAAGCCUAAUGCAUUCAAUAUAUAAAAUGACCGUGGAAAAUAAAAACUUGUUGUCCUGUCUGGAUUUCAUCAUUACGCCAAUCGUUUUAUACUACUCUGGGGCAGAAAGAUUAGUGACAAAGGGUAUUUUCUAUCAUACGCUUUGCAUGGUUUCAGAUUCAUCUUUCAGAUGUGGCAAGUUUACAGGAAUACUUUUCUUCAUAGAUGUGCUAAUAUCGGUGUAGAUUACCUUUUGGCAGCUAAUCUAUCAGAAAUUAAAGAUAAAGGUAAGGCUGCUUUGUAGGUUUUUUAGUUAUGCUGAAUAUACAAAUUAAACUGAUGUGGGGUCAGGGCUAGUCAAGAAGGCUAACAAGUGAGUCUUGUUCUUCUUGAACAAGCAGAUACUGUCUGUAGUUCCCUAAAUCCAGACCAGUAGUAUUUUUCCCCAAUUCCAGCACCUUUUGGCUUUUUGGAGGGGUUGGGGUUUCUUUUUUUUCAAAACACAUUAUGUUAAAAAAAUGCUGUCAUUAAGAUAUUUCUGUAAUUUUCUUUGGCUCUUGGCUUGAUCAAGAAAAUGAAGACACUGAAUACAUUCAUUUAGCAAGAAGUUUUAAAAAAUGAUUAUGGGAAAACUAAUGCUUGUGCCUUUUAGAAACUGGAACUCGUCCAAAAAAAGGUAAUAAACAGUAUAGGGCUUUUUUAAUCUGUAAGUAUAAAAUAAUAAGGAAACUGGUACUGAAAUUUGUCUUUUUAUAUAUAUAUAUAGUUCUUUGGUGUAUUUUAGUCUGAACUGUCCACAGAAGUAAAAAAGAAUUAGUAAAGCUCAAAUCUGGAGUAUAUUGGACUACUCAUUGGGCAUAGUUUGAUGCUAUAUUUUAGUUCUUGUUCCUUCUUUUCCUGUUGUAAUUUGUACGUUUGUUUGCUUGAUAUAGUUGUAAUUAAUUUUGUUCUAUUAGUUAAAAUGAUUCUGGAAUCUUUUAUACAGGAAGAUCCAUUUUAAGUUUACGUCUAACCGAAACAUGUAGGAUUGAAAAGACUGAAGCAAAUACACAAUCUUUCUGAGCAUUUCCAUUUCGGUUAAAACUAUUUUAGGUUCAUUUGCCUGAAACAAAUGCAAAUGUCAAAUGACCUGACAAUUUUGUCUCCAUGUUUUAGUGGUUCUGUUCAUUUCAAAAGUCAGUUGAGAGAUAUUGAGAAGAAAAGUACAAAAUUUCUCUAUGUGUAAUUCUAGAAGCACAAACAUUUGCAAUGUAGAGCUAUUUUCGUGUUUGUUUUUUUUGUACAUCUGUAAAUAAGAUUUGCUUUAAUGUUUACCACUAUUGUGUAUGUCUGUUAGCUUUUCUGUAUAUUUGAGAUAUCAGAAGUAUUUCUUAGUUAUUAAAAACAUUUCUGUACAGUUAAAUUCAUAAAAAAACUAAUUCAUGCCUCUGAUGUGUAUAUUGGAAUAAAGUCCUCCUGUUUACUGGAUAUACUGGUUUUUGGAGACAUCUCCUCAUGGAGGCUAAAUCCACUGAUGGUCCAUAUCAGCUUUUUUCCCUUGGCUUUUGCAAUUAAAUGUCAAUAAAUUUGUAAAUUUUAAAAAGGAAA